CAUAAUUCAAAGCUUGAGCAGUGGUAAAUACUUUUCUAAUUCUGCUGGCUGGAUAGAAGGGAUAUAUUGUGGUGGUCGGUAGCUAUAUCCAGCUGAAACCCGACACGUUUCAUCAUCGAACUUCGGCUACGACGCCGACGCCACAUUCCACCCUCAAAGACUAUCCUCCCUCGACGUCAUCUUUGCUUCUCCGACCGCUACCACUUUACUUCUUCCGACUCGCCAUAGAUAUCAGCUUGAGAAGAGCUUACUUUCUCUAUUCCCUUCUCUACUUGACAGCGAUAACGACUAGAGAUAGGAAAGCAAGAUGGCAGCUGGUAUAAUGUACGAUUUGGUGCUCAUCUUCUGGCGUUUCAUCAUCAACAUCUUCUUUCGUGAAAUCAGACCUCGAGGGGCUUUCAAUAUUCCCAGAGAUGGACCUGUUCUCUUCAUUUGCGGUCCCCAUUCCAACCAGUUCCUCGACCCCCUGCUCCUCUUCUCCGAAGUGCGUAAAGAGGGACAUCGAAGGGUGGCCGUACUCACCGCUGCCAAGAGUAUGGAAAGACAGUUCAUUGGGUUAAUGUCUCGUAUAAUGGACAGCAUCCCAGUCGCUAGAGCGGCAGAUUAUGCUAAAGCUGGUGCAGGUAAAAUCAUUUUAUCCGAGACCGACCCUCUCAUCGUCACCGGCAUUGACACGAAAUUCACCUCUCAAAUCAAACCCCGCUCUCAGCUCGUGUUGCCCAAAUCAGCUGGGUAUGCUUCCGCCCUAGUCGAUGAAGUUAUUUCCGAUACAGAAGUCAAACUGAAGGCCGAGUUCACAGUACCGGGCAAAGAUGGUAGUACCAACGUGAAAGCGUCUGGGAGAGUUAGGAACGAUGGUGAGGGAAAGGAGGGAUGGCAGUAUAAGAUCUUACCUCAUGUGGAACAAGAUCAGACUUAUGGUGCUGUUUUCACCCGUCUGAACGAAGGAGGAGCAAUUGGUAUCUUCCCGGAAGGUGGUUCACAUGACAGGACCGACUUUUUACCCUUGAAAGCUGGGUUCUCCAUCAUGGCAUUAGGAGCUAUGGCGGCCAAUCCUGAAUUAGACGUUCAACUCGUACCCGUCGGAUUGUCUUAUUUUCAUCCUCACAAAUUCCGCUCCCGAGCUGUCAUCGAAUUUGGACCUCCCAUAUCUGUCGAUCGGGCUUUGGUGGAGAUGUAUAAGGAAGGAGGGGCGAAGAAACGAGAGGCGUGUGGAAGGCUCUUGGAGCAAGUGCAUGAUGGGUUACGAGCUGUCACUCUCCGUGGGCCGGACUGGGAGACGAUGCAAGUCAUUCAGGCGGCGAGAAGAUUAUACCGGAUACCCGGACAGCACCUCACUUUGGGUCAAGUGGUCGAGCUCAGCAAACGAUUCAUGGAAGGAUAUCUACACUAUCAACAUGAACCACGUAUCAUCGAGCUCCGCCAUCGUGUCAUAGCUUACAAUCGUUUACUGCGGGAUAUGGGUAUCGCGGAUCAUCAAGUCGAACGCGCUUCCAACCGCAGUGUCAAAUCCCUCCUUCUGCUCAUCUAUCGAACGGGGCUACUCUUAUGGUGGGGAAUGCUCGCUCUACCUGGUGUGGUCCUCCAUGCACCCGUGUUCAUCCUGGCCAAGUUGAUAAGUCGGCAGAAAGCUAAAGAGGCUCUGGCAGCUUCGACAGUCAAAAUCGAGGGGAGAGAUGUGUUGGCCACUUGGAAGAUUCUCGUCUCACUCGCCGUCGUCCCUUCCCUAUAUAUCGUAUAUACAGCACUGACUACUUUCGUGGCGUAUCGCAAUGAUUUAGUCCCAGAGUGGAGAGGUUGGAUACCUUUGAUUAUGAUGUCUGUAUUACCAUCACUAGGCUAUGCUGCUUUGAAAUUUGGAGAAGCAGGAAUGGACGUUUUCAAAUCGUUGAGACCAUUAUUUCUCAGUUUGUGGCCUGGGAACCAGAGAGAGGUCAACAAAUUGCGUGAGAUGCGAGAGGCAUUGUCAAACGACAUUUCUGAUAUCAUCGAUGAAUUCGGACCACAAUUAUACGAAAACUUUGAUCAAUCUCGUAUCCUCCCCUCCGCCUCUGUCCCUCAAACAGGUCGUGCACCUGGAAUGUUCGCCCGGAAAUCCGACAAGGCGGAUUCAUCAGUCCUCUCUCAUCCCAUGAUCUGGCUGGACGAACGAAUCUUCGGUUGGUCCCGCAGUGCAUCAGUGGGACAAGUGUGGGGUGCUAAAGGUGAUAAACUUCGAAGCGAGCCAAGUACGGCACCUGGAAGUCCAUACGAGAGUGAAGAUGAAGAAGAGGCCGAUGUGGAUUAUGAUGACAUCCUUUCUAUCAUCGAUACGAGAAAAUCAAGACCGACCUCACCACGGAAUAGAAAAGGGAAAUUGCGUAGUUAUUCGGAUCUAUCGGCGGCGAAAGGUGGAGGGUCGCCAGAUGGUCCGAGUGCGUCUUUACCUACGGUGGCAGAUGAUGAGGGGAUACAGAAGCUGACCAUGCGUAAAGGUGCGAAGAAGAGUGAAGGUGUAUCGAAUGACGUAGAGGUGUAGGGAACGGUGGUCGGGUGAUGAAAAUGGUAUAUGAAGUAGCGCACAGUAUGUGUACACGAUCAAAUUAUGUCAUUACUUCACUCC